CUGAAACGACAGCAGAUCUGCUUUUCCCAGACGGUGUCUCGUCUCACUGAGAAAAGGAGAUCUGCAAAGCGUAACGUUACCACCGAAUAGAAAAAAGAGAUGGCUUUGAUGGCAGUGUUGGAGUCAGAUCUUCGAGCUUUAUCGGCAGAAGCUCGCCGGCGAUAUCCUGCCGUCAAAGAUGCUGCAGAGCACGCUAUUUUGAAGUUAAGAUGUUUGUCGAGCCCGAGUGAGAUAGUACUUAACGAGGAUAUACUAAAGAUAUUUUUGAUGGCGUGUGAAGUUAGGACUGUGAAAAUGAGCGUGAUUGGACUUUCUUGUCUGCAAAAGCUCAUUUCUCACGAUGUAGUUGCUCCAUCAGCUUUAAAGGAGAUUCUCGACACCCUCAAAGAUCAUGGGGAAAUGGCUGAUGAGAGUCUUCAGCUUAAGACCUUGCAGACUAUCCUCAUAAUAUUUCAAUCUCGUUUACAACCUGAUAAUGAGGACCACACCGCUCAAGCGCUUGGUAUCAUUCUUCGUCUUCUUGAAAACAACAGAUCCUCUGAUAGCGUGCGAAAUACUGCUGCAGCAACUUUUAGGCAAGCCGUAGCAUUGAUAUUUGAUCGUGUGGUUUCUGCUGAGUCACUUCCAGCCGGAAAAUUUGGUUCUGGAGUGUACAUUUCUCGUAGCAGUUCAGUUAGUAGUGAUGUUAAUCGCAAUAUAAAUCAGCAAGAGUCGUUGGAGCAGGAGUUUUCUUCCGGAGGUCCAUCGCUAAUGAGGGAUACCCUAACUAAAUCUGGAAAGCUCGCACUUCGGUUGCUUGAGGACCUGACAGCUCUUGCUGCAGGUGGAUCUGCUGUCUGGCUACGUGUCAGUUCCAUUCAACGGACAUUUGCACUUGAUCUACUUGAGUUUAUUUUGUCCAAUUAUGUGGUGCUGUUCAGAGUGUUGGUUCCUUAUGAAGAGGUUCUUCGUCGCCAGAUAUGCUCACUGCUAAUGACAUCACUUCGUACUGAUACCGAGCCUGAAGGAGAAUCCGGAGAACCUUAUUUUCGGCGUCUGGUGUUGCGUUCAGUAGCCAACAUAAUCAGGCUAUACAGUUCUUCACUUAUCACUGAAUCUGAGGUAUUUCUCAGCAUGUUGGUGAGGGUUAUAUCUCUAGACUUACCGUUGUGGCAUCGCAUUCUUGUUCUUGAAAUUUUAAGGGGCUUCUGUGUGGAAGCACGCACGAUGCAAGUUCUUUUCCUUAAUUUUGACAUGCAUCCAAAAAACACAAAUGUGGUUGAGGGUAUGGUAAAAGCUCUUGCUCGUGUUGUUUCUAGUAUCCAGUUUCAAGACACAUGUGAGGAGAGUCUUGCGGCUGUAGCUGGAAUGUUCAGUAGUAAAGCAAAAGGGAUUGAGUGGAGCUUAGAUAGCGACGCAUCCAAUGCUGCUGUUUUAGUUGCAAGUGAAGCACAUGCAAUAACUUUAGCAAUUGAGGGUCUGCUAGGAGUCGUUUUCACUGUGGCUACUUUAACAGAUGAGGCAGUUGACACGGGUGAGCUUGACUCUCCAAGAUGUGAAUCUGAUCCACCAGCAAAACUCACUGGGAGAACUGCACUUCUUUGUGUAUCAAUGGUUGAUUCUCUUUGGUUGACCAUUCUUGAUGCUUUGUCAUUCAUCUUGGCGAAGUCUCAAGGAGAGGCUAUUAUUUUGGAAAUACUGAAAGGCUAUCAAGCAUUUACUCAGGCCUGUGGAAUUCUUCAUGCUGUAGAGCCUUUAAAUUCUUUUCUUGCAUCCCUUUGCAAAUUCACAAUUGGCAUACCUGUUGAAGUUGAGAAGAGGAGUGUGGUGCAAUCUCCUGGGUCUAAGCGGUCAGAAGCAUUGCUUGAGCCAAAGGAAACUAUUGUCCUUACUCCUAAGAAUGUGCAGGCACUAAGAACACUUUUCAACAUAUCUCAUCGACUGCAUAAUGUUUUAGGUCCUUCAUGGAGCUUGGUACUGGAGACUCUAGCUUCUCUUGACCGAGCUAUUCAUUCUCCACAUGCAACUACACAGGAGGUCUCCACAGCUGUGCCAAAGCUUACAAGAGAUUCUUCUGGUCAAUAUAGUGAUUUUCAUAUUCUUUCUUCCUUAAAUUCUCAGCUGUUUGAGAGCUCUGCUCUGAUGCAUGUAGCUGCUGUCAAGUCACUGCUUUCUGCUCUACGUCAGUUGUCACAUCAGUGUAUGUCUGCAGCUGUGAGUGGCUUUGGCCCACCGUCAAGUCAAAAAAGUGGAAGCAUCUGUUUCUCAGUAGAGAGAAUGUUAUCGAUCCUAGUCAAUAACGUGCAUAGUAUGUCCUGACAACUAUUUUUCCUA